CUUCGUGCUAAUUUGGGGUUUGCUGAAGCUUGUGCAUGCACACAAGGGAAGGCCGUAUUCGCUGUCGUGGACGCGCCAAAAAGCCAACGCAUCCUGUAAAGCCUCGAGACUAUUUUCAACAAGCGAGCGCUCUUAUAGCUGUAUAUCAGACCCUGGGGCGCUGCUUAAAGUCCUUUCUCUGCCCACAAACAACCGUCAACUCAAAAUGCGAGCUGCCAAGGUCCCAACCCAAGCAGCGAAGAACGCUGCAGCCGACAAUGAGGCUUUGGAGCCGAACCGGUUGCCGCGACUGCGCAAAGGAACCAGGUCGCCUUCGGCUUCCUUGUCGAGCGCAACUAGCUCCGCGAGCGGUUCCGAUGUGGACCUACCGGGUUCCCCGGUCCCUGGCGUCAAGAUUGAGAAGACGCAACAGAGGCACGCUGUUGUCAUUGAUCACCAAGGAGCUGGCAAGGUGGUUCACAAGCCCGAUGGCACCGUGGUGUGGGAGCCGGCGCCGGAGUGCCCCGACUCCUCAUCUUCCCGGGGCCGUGGGGGCAGCUGCCGCGGCGGCAACCCGCUGCACGAGAUGUUGGGCCAGGCAGGCCUGCUGGUGACCCUCGGGUCGGCGGUGGCGGGGCUCAUGGCGGUACAGCAACACACCGUGGCAGCCGCCCGCUCCUCCGAGCCCUACUGCCUCACCACCCGCCAGCUCACCGCGGCGGUGGCGCAGACGGUGACCGCCUACCUGGCUGGUACGGCAACAGGCAUGGUGGUGGGUCCACUGCUGGCAGCCCGCACCGUUGCGGGAGUGCUGGUGCGGCCUGCGCUGCUGGGGCUGCUGCUGCACCAGGGGGUGACUCGGUUCCGGGCGUGGAAGUGCGGUGUAGCGGGCCUGCUUCGCAAGCUGCAGAGCGGCGACGCCUCCCGCGUGCUGGAGGCGCUGCGAGCCAUCAUUGCAGCGGCGGCACGCAACAACCCGAGGUUUGCACGAGAGUUCAACAAGCUGCGGGGCAUGGAGGCGCUGCUGCAGCAGCUGUCAGCCGCGCUGCCCGACUGCGCUUGGCUACACCUGCUGGCACAGGCCGUCGCUGAGCUUUGCAACGACACGGAGUGCAGGGACUCUCUGGUUGCAGCCGGCGGUGUGCCCCGCCUGGUGGCCCUGCUGUCGCACCCCAACCCAGUGGUGGGGGGGCACUGCCUGGCCGCACUGGCCUCGCUGACCGACCACUCCCUGGCGGUGGAGGCGAUCAGGGAGGCCGGCGGACUGACGCGGCUGGUGGAGAUCGCGGCAUCCGCCCUGGCCACCUCGCCUCAGCCCUCUUCGCCCACCGCUGCGACCCAUGGGUCAGCGGCUGAGCCGGAUGUCGCAGCUGGCAGCAGUGGCAGAGGCAGCGGCUUUGACCGGCGCUCCAUGUUGCUUCCCGCUGUGAAGCUGCUGCAGGUCCUCAGUCUAGACCCCGCCAGCAAGACUGCCAUCGGAGCCGCGGGCGGCAUCCCUGUGCUGCUGGACAUCAUCUCCCGCACCCACCCGCGCUCCGGAACCCAGUCCGAGGCGGUGGCGGCGCUGCACAACUGCCUGCGGGGCUGCCCCGACAACCAGCGCACUCUGGCGGCACUGCCGGCGGCAUCGGAGGUCCUGCGGGGAGCGCUGUGCGGCUACGGCCCCUGCUGGCAUGCGGCCAAGGGCGACUUGCAUGCCAUGCUGAAUGUGAUGUCCCGGUUGCAGGGAGUGCAGGAGGCGGGAGGGUUCGUGGUGGUGCAGCCGCCGUCGCCGGUUCAGCUGUUUGAGGCACUAACGGAGGCAACGCCGCUCCGGCCGCUGUCUCGCUUUGGGCCUAAAUGGGUAAGGCGGUGGGUUUUGACGGACCCAUGGGUCACGGCCAGCGGAUAAUGUAAUAUGCUGUUGCCAAGGAAGGGAUGGAAGUUUUGACGUAAUCGCGUUCUGGGAAGAAAGAUUAUACAAAGGCAGAGCGGGUGCCCUAUUCUCAUUUUGGAAAGCCGGAGUAAAAUUUACUGAGGAGGGCUGUAGUUGCGAUGGAUCUGCCCUCUGGUAUGAUGCGCAGAUGGGGGUCCACAGUUAAGCCAGUCUUGCUAGAUUGUUAUUGGCAGCAGCCUUGGGCAGUCAUGUGUAGAGGGGGGCACUUUAUUUGGUGGAACUUGCGUUCGGCAAGGGCUUAGGCGUGUAUUGUGUGGCCGUUAAAGAGGGUAACGAGGAAAAACAUCUCAUCUGCCUCGAGAGAGUACAUCACACGCGUUUGAGUGUCCCACGGGUCACAAUCCGAGAGUCGGUUGGACUCUCUGUGGGUAUCUUUUUGGCUAGCUGGGAUCCGCUUUGGCUGUGCCUUGUACCAUUAAAACGUUCGACGGUUGGCUCGUCUUUCGCGGGUUGUGUUGCUUUGAGUUUUAAACAUGCGCAGAAGAGGAAGGUAGUGAGGCAGGAGAUUGAGGAAACAGUUCCAUCCAUGGCAGAUUGGUUUCUAGCGGUUAGGUUACUGUGAUGUGUUUUGUUGUACUUUUUCGCUCGCCAUGUAGUGUACGACACAGACCAGUUGAGGUGUCGUACACACGCUUGUAUUUUACCGAGAAGGAUGUACGGCAGAAGAUUGUACAACAACAGGUUGUACGGAGUAUGGAUUACUUGGUAAAGUUAAGAGGGGAAGUUUCUGUAGCAUUAUGGUUUGUACAGGAAAUGUUUUGCUGUGUGUGAGGUUGAGAAAGGAGCUGGAGGUUACAGGGGGGUUUCAUGCCCAGCAUGUGACAUCAAUCGCACGUGCUUUUCAAAGCCGCGAAUGAAGUGUCAUCAUUGUGGCAUGACGACCUAAAUGUACAAUAUACACAUCGUCUCGUUUCACACGUCGAAACGGAGGCUUGAGAGGGCACCUGAUAAAUCGAGAUGUGUGUGAGCGUUAGGUUGCUUAAGAGGCGAAACAUUUCGUCCGAGUUGACUUUGAGUCAUGUAUGUGUAGAGCUUUCGCGCCAUAGACACUGAUCUCUGCCUCCCUUUUGCUUGCUCGUGCCCGUACGUUAAUUUGCUUUCAUGCCGAGUGGGGGAAUUCAGGGGCUUUUGUAUGAUAUGUUGCUGUUAGGGGGUUAGCAGUUGGGAGUUGUGUACAGCUUUUAGUUGCAGAUCAGAGUGUAAGAGAAGAGAAUUUACUAUGUUGCGCGUGUUAAGAGGGCUGCUGAAUGUAUGUAGACGUACUAGGUUUUAUCUCUUGACGCAUGGAGUCCUGCUUUGUGUCGUACUCAGGUCGCUCUCCAAAAGUACGAAUCCGCUCGUUUCCCUUGAAAUGCGCGUCCGUUGUAUAUCUCAUAAGCAUGCUUUGAUAAGGAGUAAUGGUGGGUUGGGGUCUUGUUUGACGGCACUGGCGCGAAAGAGAGCUCUGGGGAGGCAGUUCAGCGUUGCUAUGGCUUUGGUGUUGGCAAACGUCAGUGGGAGGAGUUCAGAUGCUGAACACGAAAGAUGUGGGUUAUCUACCCUUGCCCCCUUCGUGACGUUGGUUGGACGGCGCUUGAAUCCAAAAACAAUUCAAUUGAGCGGCGGGAGAGGUGUGCUGUGUGUAUUUGUGCUGCACACCUGUAUUCCUAAACAACGUAAUAAGAUGGAAGUCGGGGGUUACGGUAAGGUCGUUACUAAGAUGGUCGUGGUAAUAAGCACUGGUAACAGGCCCCUGCAGGUCUUUGGAUACCACCAAAUGGAUGUUAGCCCCGUGCCCUGUAACAUAAACGCUAAGCCGCUUUGGUUUAACGACAAUUGUUGUGUUGCUAGUCCC